AUGCCUAAAUUUUACGAGGAAGAAGCUCAAAGUAAUCUUUUGAGUAAGAUGACCAAUCAAUAUCUUUUAGAAGAAACCGUUUCGGACAUGUCGAUUGUAGAAGGAAUAACAGAUGAUUCAAUGGGCAAAGAUGAUGUGAGAGCGUUCAGGAAGGAAUAUAAAAGGCAAUUACAAGAGAAGGAGAAUCAGGGUAAAGUCAGUCGACAAAAUCUAGAAAAGGCAAAGAAUGUUAAGUGGUACAUAGGAAGAGCAGCGGAUCAACAGCCUGUUUGUGAAGCUUGCGGAGAUAUGAACCCGGAAUGGGUGAACUGGAAAUCGGCUUGGGCUGCAAGAGGAAGUGAACUUGAUUGGGGUCGAUGUCCGUUUGAAGCGAGUCCGAUAGGAUCAGAAAAAUAUCUUCGUCCAGGUGAAUGUGCUGAGAGAGAAGCGGGGUAA